ACACACUCAGCCCCGCUGGGAGGAAGAAACUCUGCGCUGCGGAGCCGCAAAGCAGCCAAAUAACAAACAUUUAUAACUUCAUUCAUCAGCGCCGAUUGAGUGAAGACGGCGAGGAAGAAGCCUUUCCGGAGAGGGGAUUAUUUUAUCGCGUAUCUGAAGAGGAGAAAAAACAAGGAAAGAGAAGAAACUUGGUGAAAUGAACCGAGGUUCUGUUAGAGAGAGAGAGAGAGAGAGAGAGAGAGAGCUUGACAACCCGGUGAAGCGAGUUUACUGAAGAAGUGAUCUCAUAUUUCACUUGUCUCUCAGCAGCAAGAGGACUUGUUCGAAGCUGUGCGGACACUUCGGACCUUUGACUGAGCUUUAAAACAUAUUUUUCCUCUCAACCCGCAUUCAAUAGAGCCUCUAUAUAGACAGAAAGGAGUUGUUCCUCAAGUCCUUGGCGAUGGGGGAGCAGCCGAUCUACACCACCAGGGCCCAUGUCUUCCAAAUCGACCCAACCACCAAGAAGAACUGGGUCCCUGCCAGCAAGCAGGCCGUCACCGUCUCGUAUUUCUACGACAGCACACGCAACAGCUACCGCAUCAUCAGCGUGGAUGGAUCCAAGGUGAUCAUCAACAGCACCAUCACACCCAACAUGACGUUCACCAAGACAUCGCAGAAGUUUGGCCAGUGGGCGGACAGCAGGGCCAACACUGUGUUUGGACUGGGCUUCGCUUCGGAGCAGCAACUGGCCAAGUUUUCUGAGAAGUUCCAGGAGGUAAAAGAAGCAGCCAAGCUAGCAAGGGACAAGUCUCAAGACAAGGCGGAGACACUGAGCAAUCACUCCCAGGAGUCUGGACGUGAGACGCCCUCAAUUAACCAGGCGUCCAGCCUUAAUGGGACAGAUGAUGAGAAAAUCUCUCAUGUCGGUCCGGAGGCUGCUGUGCUGAAGACCGAGAACGACCGUCUCAAGAGCGCAGUAGAACAGAGCAACACCAACGCCAAGAAGUGGGAAACGGAGCUGCAGACUUUGAGAGAAAAUAAUGCCAGGCUGGUGGACGCACUGCAGGAGUCCUCCGCUAAUGUAGAGAGCUGGAAGAAACAACUUGGUGCCUGCAAGGAAGAGAGUGACACACUCAGGGAAAAGAUUGCAGAACUAGAAGCUCAGUGUAACGAAGCCAAUCAGGAGAAGCAGAAAAACGCCCAACUGUCUGUACGAGUGCAGGAGCUGGAGACUGAGCUGCACGACAAAGAGCAGGAGCUGGAGAACCUGAGGAAGCAGGCAGAGAUAAUCCCUCAGCUCAUGGCGGAGUGCGAGAGCAUCACCGCAAAACUGCAGACUGCCGAGGUGAAGAACAAGGAGCUGGAGGGGAGAAUAGAGGGUCUUCAGCUGGACAUAGACGACAGUCAGCAAAAGCAGGGCAACAUGAAGGACGAGCUGAAGAAGUUCAUGGAUCUGCUGGAUGGAAAGAUAGACGAGCUGCACGAGUUCAGGCAGGGCCUCUCCAAGCUAGGUGUUGAUAACUGAGGAGAGUGGCACUGAGCUGGAAGGGUCAGAGGUCAGGUACGAAGGAUUCACUACAGUAUGUCUUCAGGGCAGAAACUAUGUGGCACCUACUCCCCCAAGGUGAAGUCCACUCAGACACUAUCAGCUUUGGCUUCUAAUAAACACUACCAUGUGAGAAAGAGAGGGAGAGAGAGAGAGACUGGCAGGAGGAAGGCCAGCACGCUCCACCAAAUGGCUCCAUUUUCUGAAACUAAAUCACACUUUGAGCUUACUUAUCCGUUUCUGUGGGGGGAAAUGGCUUUAAAAAGCUGGUGGUGGGUUUUUAGAUUCUGUCCAUCUGUCUUUUUUUUCUGAAGGCACUUGUUCGAAGGCAGUCUGAGCUCAGAGUAGAAGAGGGGACUUAAAAGGGCUAAAAUGAAUAACACAAUGCUGUUCAGCAUCACUCAAGUAAUAAUUGGUGUGAAUCCUUGUGGCCCCCUCGGAGAAUUAGAGAUCUUUCUACAGACUGUCCUUGCUGUUGCCUCUCGUCUAUCUCAGGUGUGUUAGAAGUACUCAUUAGAUUAUAUGCACAUACAUGACAAACGGCCGUGACACAAAGUGCCUCCAGGUGAGUCUAAAUCUACCUGGCAAGGAGAACUGGCCAAGUGAUGACCAUCACCAUAAUAAUAACUGAUGGAAAGCGCCAAUCCUGAGGAUGUUAAAGUGGUGAUAAACUCAAAGGACAAACAGGUGUUUGCACAAAAACUAGUCUGAGGAGGGAUCACAGCAGGAAGUCAUCAGCUCUCUUUUUGAGUAAACGCUCCUUUUGAUUCUAUUUGCAUAAAGAAGGAACGCUCUCUUGUCUCAGGAGCUUUCCUUCACAAUCAUCCAAAAAUAAUAAUAGGAACCCCGUUUUCCCAUGAGUGUAGUGCAGUGUUCAGAGGACUUUGUGUGUGCAAUCGUAUUGUUGUCCGUAUGCAGAGCAAUGACGUCUCCGAGGCUGUUGAUGUGCUUUCUACACACUAGUUUUUGUUAUGGUGGUGGUUAUUUUCGGGUGAGGGGACUUGGUGCUGCUCGAUGGGUGAAUAAUGUGAAAGUGUACUUCACUGAUGACAUUUAGAUAGCAUGGGCCUUUUCACUACAAACUUCUUGGUUUUUGUUUUACAUAUUUAUUUAUUUUGGUGCCUCUCUGCAACUAGUGUUUCUAGAACAUACCAAGUAAAUCAACCUUAACCUAAUGUCUCUAUAGAUGUGCGAUAAUAUAUAAAAUAUACCAAACUGUCAGGAUUCACAGGUUUUAUAAUUCUUGAGGAUUUGUUUGCUUUUUGGGGAAGUUCAUCUUGAAACAUGGUACAUUUGAAAUCAAAGGCAUAUGUUGUAGUGGCAUAUUUACUGGGUAAUACUAUGAUGUUAUAAGUCUAUAUUUUUUCAUCACUGUUUUGAUCUAUGAAGGGACAUUUUGCUUCUCUCUGUUUAACUCUACUGUUCAUAAGUCAACCUGGAACACAAAGUAUGAUCCUUCCUUUUGAACCAAUGCCUCUUGUGCACUUUUGUGACUCCUGUUCAAUAUUGUACAAUAGAACUGACAAUUGUUAAAAUUUAGUUUAAUUACAA